AUGGAAAAGGGAGAUGAUAUGCAUAGCUAUGACCCAGGUCCAAAUGCCUCGUGUCUGGACAAUGCAUCAUCACUUAAAGUCGUGGCCGAGGCUGUUCAGCAGGUGAUGAAGAAGAGGGACACUCAGCACUUUGGGAGAGUGUUGGAGUUCUUGGAAUUACUCCAUGAGCAGGUGCCCGAUCUGCUGUGUUACAGACAUCAUGCCAAGCUGAGCUUAGGUGUAAAAGGAAAGAUGGUGCUUGACAUGGUUGAGAAGAACUGCUCCUUGUUGGAUGUCCUCAAAGCUCUAAACCGUCAUUUCCCUGUUGUGUAUCCUGACGAUCCAAGAGCAACGCGUCGAGAUCUCUUGAAAGUGCAUCAGUGUAACACGCACUUCCGCAGAUUAGUCCUUUGCAUGAUGCGGGAUGAGAAAUUCCGUAAGAACUAUAUGGAGAACGAGCUACAAAAUGAAUACGGGGAAAACUUUAUGACCGCUCUGGAGAAACUCCUAGAGGAGCUUCUUCAGCGUCUGCAGGCCGUCCUCGCCCACCAGGUCUCGGAAAGUGUGGCUAAAACGGCACACAAAGAGACAUCUGGUGUAGAGACAGACAAUGGUUCGAUGGGUCCAGCACCCCAACCUCUCCAGGAAAACUGUUCACAGCAGCAGGAUGAUCCAUAUGCUUCAAACAUCCCCAACACGAUUUCUUCUGAGGAUUCGGCAUUAAUGAAAAAUGUUCUGUCAAACGAGAGUGGUUCUGCAGAAACAGAGAAGAGCCAGCGGGUUCUACAAGCGCAGCGCGAGAUCGGGCAGAGCUCCGCGCAGCAUCAGUCCUGCCGAAAAGGUUCCCAGACGUGGAGACGCAGUGAAGCCUCUAAGAAAACUACGGAAGAAAGUCGCUGUUCAGAGAAGACGGUUACAGCUGAAAGGAGGCUAGAUACAGAUCUCCCCGUUUAUGAUUCUGGGGGCAGAGAUGAUCAUUCUUUGCACAGAAGCCGUCCGGUGUUUGAUAUUUUUGGCCUGGACUGCAGUGUAGACUUGGAUGUAGAUCACUUUACAAGUCAUUCUCCGCCAAACCCGUUUCAGUCGCAGGAAACUGGCGCCCUCCUGGAAAGGCAUCCUGUGCUGGCAGCGGUACGUGGAACGCAGGUAUGUGAAGGAGCGCAUGGGUUACAGCCAGAAAGCAACGUUUUUAUCCCACCCAGAGUUGCAUAUGUCUCCAAAACCACCCAAACAGACCAUGGAACUGCCACAAGUAUGGUUCAGGUCAAGAAAACCCCACACGAUGAAAGGUAUUUGGACAGGAGGACCCCAAGAACCAACGAUGUUAGGCGUUUGGAUGUUACUGGGCCACUGGUAAGGCAUCCAAUGUCAUGGAAAUACCAACCAGUGGUUCAGUUAACAAGAUUACCUCCGGCGGUCAUCAAUGCACAGACCAGAUGCCAGGACUUUGCUAAACCUGCAACAAGUGAGUCUUCUGAGGAGGACUCACAAGCCACCAACUGGACAGACACUGAGAGCUGGCGAGGGACCUGCUCGGUUUCCACCGACAAUCUCAGCAGUGAUCCUGAUUAUGACCCUGGAUGUCUUUACUGAGACCAACUACGUGUGUUGCAGCACAAGUGCGUCGUGCGCGAGGAGAUCGAAGUAAGCUACUAUUCCACAUGUGAAAAAGUUUAGAAUUCUAUUUCUAAUUCUCCCUGCUCGGGAUAGUCUGUGGCCGGCCAUGCGGUACAGAAAUAUCACGUGGACAGCAAAUCUUGAUUGUAUCUGCUUUGUUUACCGACAUGGUCAUCUUCAAAGGGCUGAUAAGGGAACCCCGGGUAGCGUUCUGUAUCCCCGCGGCUGCGUGAGAGCUGUGUUGUUGCUUUCUACUCCCAGCGUGGUCUCCUUUGCAUUGGGAAUGAGAUGCCGCCGGGAUCAUGUUGCAACCUCCAUGUGGUUAUUGGGAAAUGGAUUAUUUUUUUGUACAGCAGGGAGGCAGUACAACGUGUUCUUGUUUUAUGUGUACACUAACCUCGCUAUUUAGUCCAAGUGAUCUGACUACAGGCUGGUGCCCCCGACGUGAGGCUCGCAGGGGGAAGAGCUCGACAUCUGCCGGCAGGACAAACAACAGUCAGCGUUUCCCAGAUCGGCCCAAAAUAUAUGUGCUGCAAACUAUAGGAAGCCACCUGAACGCUAGAUAUGAUGAACGCAUAACGGGCUAGACUUUAAAAGCCGUGGAGAAGCACGGGCGCUUGAA